AUGACGAAUAAAGAAAAAGUAAAAAGAGUAGAAACUGUUGUAGUACCACAUUUCGACUACAACAACGAAAGUCUACCAACAAUUAAAAGCACUAUCCGUUCUGGAUUCGACGGCUUGAUAUGGAAUACGAAACAUCGUCUCAGUGAAGAUAUAUUAGAUUUAGCCGGACCUCGACUAAAGGCUGUGUCGACGAUGUCAUCUGGUGUCGACCAAAUAGACACCGAUGAGCUGAAGAAGCGCGGUCUGCUGCUGGGAAACACGUCAAAGGCUCUAGACGACGCGGUGGCUGACAUCGCUGUAGGCCUAAUGAUUGGAGCCGCGAGACGUUUUAAAGAAGGCGUUAAGGAGCUUGAAACUGGUAAUUGGAAGUACGGAGUCCAAUGGAUGCUCGGUCAGGACAUAGUGAACAGUACAGUUGGUAUCGUGGGCCUGGGCGGCAUCGGACAGACCAUCGUCCGGAGACUUAAAGGCUUUGAUGUCGCCAAAUUUAUUUACAGCGGACGCACUGAUAAAAAGGAAGCGAUAGAGUUGGGAGCGACUCGCGUACCUCUAGAACAGUUAUUGAAAGAAAGUGAUUAUGUCAUUCUCGCGUGUCCACUGUCGAAGGAAACGAAACACAUGAUAAACGAAGAAGCUUUAAAAACCAUGAAGAAGACGUCAGUACUUGUUAAUAUAGGAAGAGGAGAUCUUAUAGAUCAAACAGCAUUGUACAAUGCUCUAAAGGACGGCGAGAUUUUUGCAGCUGGAUUGGAUGUCACAACACCAGAACCUAUAUCGAAGGACGACCCCAUCGUAUCUCUACCCAAUUGUUAUGUACUGCCACAUUUAGGUAGCGCUACAGUCGAAACUAGAAAUGCCAUGGCUAAAAUAUCUGCUAAGAAUAUACUUUUAGCCUUAAACGAAAAACCAAUGAUGUUUCCUAUUCCAUUAUAAUGUCAUACGUGUUGCAGAGAAAUAAGUUUAUGGAAUGCCAAAAAAAAAAAUAACAACAAAUAUGUUUUAAUUUAAAUAAAUAUUAAUUACAUUU